AUGAAUUCUUUAAGAUGCAAUUCAUACAUAGACUCAUUUGAAGGCACUUUAGGCUGGGAACAAAAGCUACUGCCCCUUUUAAUCGAAAAUCCAGCUUGUGGGAUCCCGAAAGUAAAAUUACCAAAAAUCAAAAAAUCAAAUAGAUCGAAAACCCCAAAUGGCAGAGUCAAAAGUAGCCAGGGCAGAAAUAUAAUUGAAAAAAACGACUCUUCCCCUACAAAUAAUGUGGAUUUACAUAUAAAUAUAUUAAAAGUCGAAGAAUUGCUAUCAAAUGAAGUAAAAAGCCCAAGGCAAGAGUUUCAUAUAACCUGGAAAAAACUCCGCCCAGCAGCAGAAAACUUAAUAAUAGAGCCUGAUUUAUACUUUUUGAACCCAAAAAAGCUAAACCCACUAACCAAAGCAGUGCAUAAAACUACUAAAAGAAUCCAAAUCCACAGAAGAUUAGACGCAACUAACAAAUGCGUCAUUGUUAUUAAUUUUGAGGGAGUUAUAGGAGAUGUGUUUAAGCACAAUAUUUGAGACAUUGAGCCAGCAAAGUUAUAUAUGAGGAGACAAGCGAUUAAAGGUAUCAAAGCACUGAUAAAGGAGUAUCAGGUUGUGUUAUUUGUCAAUUCGUCUAGAGUAAAAGUGUCAAGUCUGAUAGAGUAUUUUUCAAUGAAAAAUAUGUACUUUAUAAGAAAAAGCUAGGCUUUACUGAGGAUUUUUGUGACUAUUUUAUAUAGAAAAUAAGAAAAUAAGGGCUGAAGACUGUUUAUAAGCUUUAUAGAGGGAUAAAAUUUGAUGGAGUUUAUAGAGCUUUAACUAUUUAUGACUAUAUAAAAGACCAAAAAUUAAAAAAAAGCAACGCAAUAUGUCAGAAUUUGUUAAAAUCUCCAGAAACAUUACAAAAUUAUAGACAAAUUUCUAUUGAUUUUGGAAUCCAAAAUCAAGUCGCUGAAAAAAUGCUUGUAAUUGCAAGCACAUCUUUAGAUUCAGCAGAGUUAAAAUAUUCUUCAGGAACAGAUUUGCUAUUCAGAAAAGGAGAAAAUCGGCAUUUUCAGUGUUUAUGUAAAGGUAUUCCAACUGAGUCGAAAUCAGCUUCUCCUUUGCCUAUCACUUUAAUAGUCCCCGAUCCAAGAGCUAACCCUUCAUAUUUGAGCAUUUCAUUUAACCAAAUAACAAAAUCAUUGACUUCUCUUAGUAAUGAGCCUAUCCAAUCUUGAUUGAAUAUCACAAAUACACAAAACAGCAAAGGAAAAAUAAAACUUGAAGUAAUUGAAACCUCAUUUUUUCAAUAUGCCUUAGGUCUAAAAAGAUUUAACACAACCUCAACGCAGGUAAACAAUUAUCUAAACGAAAAAAUCCCAAAAAAUAAUAACAUUCAUACAAGUUUUAAUGGAGGCACUAAUAAAAAGCAGAAAAUUAGCUCGAUAAACAAACUCAAAGAUAAAAAUAUAUGUAAGUGUCCGAGUGAUAUUAAAAAAGAAUGCUUAUUAGAAGAAUAUAAAACUUGCAAUACAGAAAAAUUCUUUUUAGACUAUUUAGUAAAUGGAAAAGAAAUACCGAGUAUGUUUAUGAAAAACACAUUUAUAGUUUUAAAGCCAAAAAAGCUGAAAUUUCCUUAUAGAAUAAUACAAGAAGAAAUAAAGGCAAAAAAUUCGCACCCAAAAGUGCCGAAAAUAUAA